AUGCCUCCCUAUGUGGAAUUCAUAAAAGGCUUACUCUCUGAGAAGAAUGUAUUAAAGGGAGAUGAAAUAGUGGUCUUGACCAAGGAAUGUAGUGCACUCAUUCAGAGCAGGCUGCCGAAGAAGAUUCCAGAUCUAAGAAGCUUUCAGAUUUCUUGCACUAUUGGGAAUGUCACCUUUGACAAAGCCUUUUGUAAUCUUGGUUCAAGUAUCAAUUUGAUGCCUUUGUCUGAGAUGAAGCUACAAAUUCAAGAGGCACAACCUACAAAGAUAGCAUUGCAGAUGGCUGAUAAAUCUCUAAGGCAGGCACAUGGGCUGGUGGAGAAUAUCUUAGUCAAGGUUGGAAAGUUUUUUCUCCCUGCAAAUUUUGUAGUACUUGAUAUGGGAGAGGAUGCAAAUGACUCCAUCAUCCUAGGAAGACCAUUCCUAGCCAUUGGAAAAGCUCUGAUUGAUGUUGAGAGAGGUGAGUUAGUUCUAAGGAUGCAUAAGGACUACUUGAUAUUUAAGGUUUUUAGACCUUCAUCACUCUAUGGAGAGGGAGGUGCCUGCAUGCAGUGUUCAUUGCUUAAGCCUCCUCCCUUAGUGGGAAUCAAUACAAUUCUCCCUGACAUCAAACCUAAAUUUGGUGUUAGGCAUUCAUCACCCACCAACGAGUGA